UUGACAGUGAAUUAGGGUCAGUAAAAUUUUCGCUGCGGUUUAUUUUUCAUUGUAAUUUAAUAUAUUUUAAUAUAGUAAUUACAUAAAUGAUCAAUGGACUUACUCAUAUUUUAAAAAUAAAUCAAAAUGUUUUAUUUUAAAUCAUAUUUCACACAUAAAUUAAAGUUUACAUUAAAGACUAUAGAGUUAUAAAUUAACAUCUAGUGAGAUCGUAUAAUUAUAAGUGAAAUCACUUGUCACCCACUAACGAUGCUUUUUUACGAGAGGAUAUUUCAAUGGCUAGGACAUCUAAAGCUUUCCCGGGUCAUAGUUAUGGUUUCUGUGAUACUGUUUCUAGUACCACUCUUCACACACUAUUAUUUGUCUAAGUAUGAGUCUUCCUCUUCACUUGGGUUGAAUGCAAUGCAGCACACAUUGGAAGCACUGGACGAUAUCUCAACAAUUAAUGCAGAUGAUCUUAAAAUUAGAAUAAAAGAAAUGCUUAGAAUAAAGGCAUCAGUCUCAACUGAAUUACGUGAAUUAGAAGAAAAACGAGGACGUCUGCAAAAAGAAGCGGCAGCCGCGAGUGUGAAGGCUGAUAAUGUGAAAGCAGAAUAUGCGCGCGCAUCCGCAGAGUUGCAACGUUUGCGAGUAUCCGCCGACCAAGCACGACUCGCGCAACUUGAAGCAAUUCGCAGAGAUUCUCCAGAAUUAGCUCCACCUAACCAAAUCCUUCCGUCGCAACCUCCGCCUGUCUUAUCCCCAGUGUCCCCUUCAUCCGAAGUACACUGCCGUAUGCACUCGUGCUUUGAUCAUUCACGGUGUUCCUUAACAUCUGGAUUUCCUAUAUACUUUUAUGAUCCAGAUGUUCAUUCACCUCUUGCUGGAGCGGAGGUGGAUGGCUUUCUUAAAACAACAUUACGGCAAACUUUAAGUUAUAAUGCACACCUGACACAUAAUCCAAAUGAAGCUUGUCUCUAUCUUGUUCUGAUUGGAGAAGCAUUUCCCACUACAAAAGGCCCAUCCUCAACACCGGAAACCUACCAACUAAUGUUGAAUGAAACUGCAGUUAAAAGCCUCCCUUAUUGGGGCGGCGACGGCCGAAAUCACGUUUUAUUGAAUUUAGCGCGACGAGAACUUUCAGUGGGUUCUGGUGAUGCAUUUCAAGGGGCUUCGACGGGGCGAGCCAUGAUAGCUCAGUCUACUUUUACACUGCAGCAGUUUAGACCGGGUUUCGAUAUUGUUACUGCCCCAGCAUUGGGACCGCCUGGAGGUGAUGUUUGGGCUGAAUGUGCACCGAUUGCACCUGCAAGAAGAAAAUACUUACUUAGUUUUCAGGGUUCGAAGUCGCCUGUUGCAGAUUUGAGCAAGGAAGACGAUAAACAGUUGAUAGAAUCAUUGCAAAAGACAGCAAAAACUGCUCCUGCUUCAGAUGUGUUCUAUUUGCAAUUCGAAUGUGAUCCAUCAGUGGAUCGACGAGCAAUUCGGUCCAUCGGAGAUUGGGCGCUCUGCGGUACGGAUCGUUCCAGACGUGCAAUACUUCGAGAUUCAACUUUUGUUUUAAUACUAGCACCUGCUGAUCAGAACUAUGCUUCUACAGCUCUUUUGCAAGCGAGACUGUAUGAAGCAUUACGAUCUGGUGCUAUCCCGGUCAUACUCGGUGGAGACAGAAUCCGUAUGCCAUAUGACGAAGUUCUCGAUUGGCGCCGAGCCACUCUAGCAUUGCCUAAAGCGCGUGUAACAGAAUUACAUUUCUUGCUCCGAGCAUUGUCAGAUGCAGAUUUACUGGCGUUUAGAAGGCAAGGCAGGGUUCUUUGGGAAAGAUAUCUAAGUUCAUUACAAGCGAGCAUUGACACAUUACUGGCUGUGAUACGGACGCGAUUGAAUAUUCCUGCUCGACCGGCAGCUCCCACGUUGGGGACACCUGCUUUUAAUGAGUCUUACUAUCCCAUGAAAGUUGAACCACCUGCGGUUGAUUCAGAACCGGAAGAGACUCUCGGACCCUUGGAAGCUCCAUAUCCGAGUCCAGCAUAUCGGCGAAAUUAUUCGUUGCUUUUGUUACACGGUUAUGAGAUGUGGAAUGACUGGGGAGAACCGUUCGCGAUAUAUCCGCAAUUACCCUGGGAUCCGCCGGUUACAUCAGAGGCUCGAUUUAUGGGGUCAGCGGCGGGCUUUAGACCCAUCGGAGCAGGUGCUGGAGGCUCUGGGAAGGAGUUCAGCGAAGCUCUAGGUGGGGACAGGCCUAGAGAACAGUUUACAAUAGUGAUAUUGACGUAUGAACGAGAGGCGGUACUCGCAGCGGCGCUCGCGCGGUUACGUGGAUUGCCGUAUUUAAAUAAGGUGGUAGUAGUGUGGAACGGCGUUUCGGGUCCGCCGGCCAGCCAGGCGUGGCCGGAGUCCGGCGCGCCGGUGGCGGUGGUGCGCACGCAGCGCAACUCGCUGAACAACCGCUUCCUGCCCUACCACCUCAUCGACACCGAAGCGGUGCUGUGCGUUGAUGAUGACGCGCACUUGCGACACGAUGAAAUUGUCUUCGCCUUUCGGGUAUGGCGUGAGCAUCGGGAUAGAAUCGUGGGUUUCCCUGGAAGAUAUCAUGCGUGGGAUCUUAACUUUAACAAUGGCUUCCUCUACAAUUCAAAUUACAGCUGCGAGCUGAGCAUGGUGCUGACGGGCGCGGCGUUCGUGCACCGCUACUACCUGUGGGCGUACUGGCGCGCGCUGCCCGCCGCCGUGCGCGACUACGUCGACGAGUACAUGAACUGCGAGGACAUCGCCAUGAACUUCCUGGUCGCGCACAUCACCAGGAAGCCGCCGGUCAAGGUGACGUCUCGCUGGACGUUCCGGUGUCCGGGGUGUCCGGUGACGCUGUCGGCCGACGAGACGCACUUCCAUGAGAGACACAAGUGUAUACAGUUCUUUUCGCAGGUGAUGGGUUACACGCCGCUCCUCUCGACGCAGUUCCGCGCCGACUCGGUGCUGUUUAAAACACGAAUACCUCACGACAAGCAAAAAUGCUUCAAGUUUAUAUAGAUAUUAUCAUAUAAGUAUCAUGCUUGUAGGAAUAAUAGUAUAAAUAAGAAAUAACGCGCUUUUGACGACUUUGUAGUACAUUUUGACGUGAAAUAGAAUAGAUUUCUAUAAAUGUUCUUGUGCUGUAUCAGUAUGGAAUUGUAUUAUUGAAAUUCUUUAAAUUGAUUUAAUUUCGGAGCGUUAUGAUUUUGUAUUCUUUUGUAUAUUAGUCUUUAAAAAAUAUUAGAAAAAUUCCUAAAAAAAUUGUUGAGCGUCUCCUUCUUUAACAUUAAUCUUAUCAGAAAUCUCAUCAAUGUUUUCUUGGUUGUAAAAUUGGCAGAUUUUAUGAUAAGACAUAUUAAUUAAAGUUCAGCUUGAUUCUCAACGGUAUUUAAGUAUUUCGUACAAGAAAUUUCAUCGGUUUAUUCAUGUUAAACACGAAAUAUAAUUUUAGAAAAUUAAAUUAUUAAAAAUUUUGUGAAAUAUGUCGCUUUGGUAUAAUAAAAUGACAAGCUAUCAUAUUUCUAAUCCCAUCACAUAUAUCAUUAUAAAAGCUACGCCAUAUACGACCAAAGUACUAAACUUACAUCUAUUUUGACGACGAUUUUUGUCGUAAAGUUGUAAUUACUAGUCUAAUUUUGUAUUCGUAGUAUUUUAACUGUUGUAAAUAUUGUGUACAAUAGAUAAAAGUAAAUAUAAUCUUUUGGUUCAUCCAGGUCCAGUUCUUGGGGAAUAUUGUGUAAUGUGUAAUUACUAUACAAUAAUUUGUAAUGAAAACUGUUGCAUUAUCAAGAUAAAUAAAAGAAGAAAUAAAUAAUGGAUAAGAAUUUUUAUUAAAUUCGGU